AUGCAAGUUCACUUUUCUCAUACACAGAACAACAAAAGUGUUGAUACUGAGCAGUCUCAUUUCUCUGACAAUCAGAGCAGCAACUCAAAAUAUGUUGAUGCUGAUAUUCAAGCUAUAUCUCUGGAUAUUGAGAUUGAUGAUCCUGAUAGUGAUCAUGAGAGUAGUGAAGAGGCUAAAAACCAGGAUAUUUUGACAUUCUCUGAUCCUGAUAGUGGUGGUUUGGAUGAUGAUGCUAUUGCCACCAAUGAUAAUGGUGAGGAUGAUGAUGAGAUUAUUGGCAAUGCUGGUGACCUUCAAGGUGGAGGAGUUAACUAUAGUGUUAAUAACUCAAUACAAAAUUAUAAUACUAUUGGAAAUAGUCCCACUAUUCAAACAGACCUGCAGGCAAAACUAUUGGGUGAAUACAAGUGA